ACUACUACUACUACUACUACUAUUGCAUAUAAUUCUAAUCGGUUACCCCUUCAUGUUGAACGUGCAAUCUAUCGACUAUCACACAUGAAACUUGCAGAUCCAAAACGACCUCUACGUCAGCAAGUACUUAUAUCCAAUUUAAUGUUUUGGUACCUUUCAAUUCAGCAAACAAUACUAGUUCAAAACUACAACAAUAGCAGUAAUGCCAAUAGCAUGGAAGAUAUUUAUUCUGUUCCCCCGCCUCAGCAGCAGCAACGAAAAGUCAGUAAAAUGUCACGACUAAUCAAUGCAGCCAAGAAGCGGACACAGCAACCUGAAAGGCAUAUUCAAUUUGAAGAAGAUGAUUUACCUUUAAGUCAUUACAAAACUUAAUUUUGAAACCCAGUCUUAUGAUUUUAUAUUAUAAAGCCUUAAUCCUGUUUUCUCUUUUUGCUUUCUUCUUUUUUUUUCUUGUUCCUUUUUUCCCUAUACAUAUUUCAGGAGUAAAAGAAAAAGAAAUAAAGAAAUAGAAAGAGAGUGACAGAAAAAAGCAAAUGGGAAACAAUGUUUCAACAAAGAACUCAAAAAAAGAAAAGAGAGCAGCAAAGAGCAAGAGUAUGCCUUUACCUCCUCGUAUCGAAAUAGAAAACGAGCACUCUACAAAUACAGCCCACUCUGUCAGCUCUAUUCUGCUUACAUCCAACAACUAUCAACAGCAACAACAACAACA